AUGCCCCUAUAUGCAAAAUUUCUCAAAGAGCUCAUUAACAAGAAAUGGAGUUGGAAUGAGAAGGAGAUGGUAAUUCUAACACAAGAAUGCAGUGCUGUCAUCCAAAGAGGCCUUCCUCCAAAGCUCAAAGAUCCAAGAAGCUUCAUCCUAUCCUGUACUAUAGGCAACAGAACAUUGGAUAAAACUCUCUGUGACUUAGGAGCUAGCAUCAAUUUGAUGCCCCUCUCAUUAAUGAAGAAGCUUGCAAUAGAGAAAGUUAAGCCUACCAGGAUGUCACUCCAAAUGGCUGAUAGAUCACUCAAGAUACCAAAUGGGGUUGUGGAAAAUUUAUUAGUAAAAAUUAGAGAGUUCAUUUUCCCUGCUGACUUUGUUAUCCUGGAGAUGGAAGAAGAGGGACAUAGUUUAAUUAUAUUGGGAUGA